GUGGGGUAACUUGGGUGGGAACAGCGUGGAGGCCACCACGAUCAAGUGCUGCGCCUCGUUGGGGGGGUGUGUGCAGAAAGAGCGCGGAUAAAUAGGAGGGUCCCUCCUCCCGGACAUAUUCGCGGAGCCUGACGGCCGCCUGCCCCGGGUGUUUGCCCGCCGCCCGGUAGCCUGGGUGCCAGCCUGGGGAGUAGUUUCAUUUCCUGCUGGCUCCAGGACUCGUAUCCAGGCACCCCGUCGGGCGCCCGAGGCCCGGGAAGGGGGCGCGGGAGAAGGCGGGAGACUCGUCUGGGGGCUGCCCGGCCCCGCAGCGGCGUUGAUGGCCGGGGCCAACCCCGGCAGCGGCGCCAGCUCCCUGCCACUGCUCCUGGCCCUCGCCCUGGGUAUAGUGAUCCUUCACUGCGUUGUGGCACAUGGGAAUUCAACCAGGAGCCCUGGAAAUGACAGCCUUCUCUGUGGAGAUGAUGAAGAAAACUGCCCAGCUACCACCACACCACCAAAGCGAAGAGGCCACUUCUCUCGGUGCCCCAAGCAAUACAAACAUUACUGCAUCAAAGGGAGAUGUCGCUUCGUGGUGGCCGAGCAGACACCCUCCUGUGUCUGUGAUGAAGGCUACGCCGGGGCCAGAUGUGAACGAGUCGAUUUGUUCUACCUAAGAGGAGAUAGAGGGCAGAUCCUGGUUAUUUGUUUGAUAGCAGUUAUGGUCAUUUUUAUCAUUUUGGUGAUCGGUGUCUGCACAUGCUGUCAUCCUCUUCGGAAACAUCGUAAAAGAAGAAAGGUGGAAGAAGAAAUGGAAACUUUGGGCAAAGAUAUAACUCCUAUAAAUGAAGAUAUUCAAGAGACUAGCAUUGCUUAAUGUCUAUGAAGGUGCCUCCAGGCUGGUGCGAGCUGCAAAAUGCCUUACUCAUUUGAAAAUGGACAGAAUGUGUCUCAGGAAAACAGCCAGCAAAAUGAAUUUUAAAUAAUGUAUUUACUUUUUUGUUUGUAACAUAAAUUUGUGUUGUUUACUAGUGUUUUAAUAAUAAGAAGAAGUAAUUUUAUUGUUAUAUAGUAUUUGGGAAAAGCAGCCAGUUUAGAAAGAGACAUUUUAGUAAACUUCCACUUAAGUUUUGUCACCAGGACUACCCGUUAAAACAAAAACGGCAAGCCAGAAGGCGUUUACAUCUUAGGAAUUGAAUUAGUAGUACAGCUCUCAUUAAUCCAACAGUCACUAAGAACUUGAAAAACAUUAUGUCUUUUUUUUUUUGCUAUUCCUUUGGGCCGCUUCCUUGGCAUAU